UUUCAAAAAACACAAUGACUGCAAGUAGCAAAGUAUUUUUGUUGAUGUGAGUGGGUUCCUUUCAGCCACGGUAGAACUGAAGACGAUUUAGCUCAUCACCUACGAGGUCGGUUCUGGGAAUCUUUCGAGGUAACCAGGUCGCUCUGCAAAGAUAUAUCCGCGUCUUUCAAAAGCGUUUCCGUGGACAACCAAGUGACUGAAGGAGAUUGGAUGCAUCCUGCACACCAGCUGGGCGUGUAAACAAGGCUUGCGUCGCCAUGGGGCGAGACAAGGAUCGUGACCGCGAUCGUGAUCGUGAUCAUGACAGAGAUGAUCGAGAUGAAGACAGAGGAAGGGAAAGGGACCGUGAUCGCGACCGUGACUACGAACGAGAGAAGGAGCGAGAACGAGACCGAGAUCGGGACAGGGACCGAGACAGGGACCGUGACAGAGAUCGAGAGCGUGACAGGGACAGGGACCGAGACCGUGACAGAGAUCGUGACAGAGAUCGGGAUAGGGAUCGUGAAAGAGAUCGAGAAAGGGAUCGGGACAGAGAUCGAGAGCAUGGCCGAGACAGAGACCGUGAUAGAGAUAGAAACCGUGACCGUGACUAUGAUGACAGCCGUAGUAGUAGAAAAAGGAAGCAUCGAGCAGAUGGUGGCGAUGAAGAGGAAACGGAAGAAUCAGAAACCAAACAACCUCGGCAGCCUGUGUCCAUUGAGGAGCUUCUAGCGAAGAAAGAAGCAGAGAAGGCGGCGCAAAGCAAGCCAACCUUCCUGACCAAGGAGGAGCGUGCCAAGCUGGCGUUGCAGAAGAGACAAGAAGAAGUUGCUCGUCAGCGAGCCACAUCUGAUGCAGAGCGAUCAGCACGCAGAACAUUUGAAAAUGAAGCAAGAGGGUCAUACGACAGCCGGGACAGACACCAACGUCAUGCUGAGCGUGGCGACGAUUCUGGACGGUUCAUGUCGGAGGACGAUCGGAGGAAAGAGCAAGAUGUUAUCAAGAAUCGCUACCUUGGUAUCAGCACAAAGAAGAAGAAGAUCAGGAAGAUGAGCGACCGCAAGUUUGUGUUUGACUGGGAUAAGGGUGAAGAUACGUCGGUGGACUUCAACCCUCUUUACAAAGAGCGUCAUCAAGUGCAAAUGUUUGGCCGUGGCUUGGUGGCUGGUAUCGAUCUCAAGACCCAGAAGAAAGAAUCCUCUGCGUUCUAUUCGCGUCUUGUUGAGAAGCGGCGCACUGAUGAGGAGAAACAGAUGGCACUAAAUCUGGAGAAGAAGGAGAAGUUGAAGGAACGUCAGAAGCGGUGGGAUGAUCGCCAUUGGUCAGAGAAGGAUUUGGAUGAAAUGACGGAAAGAGACUGGAGAAUUUUCAGAGAAGAUUACCUCAUCUCUGGAAAGGGUGGUAUCUUGCCUAAUCCUAUCCGUUACUGGCAUGAGGGAGGUCUGCCUCAAGAGAUCCUCGAUGUAAUUAAAUCCAACGGCUAUGAGCACCCGACACCCAUCCAGAGGCAAGCCAUUCCCAUUGGUCUGCAGAAUCGUGACAUCAUCGGUGUUGCAGAGACAGGAAGUGGAAAGACAGCUGCCUUUGUCAUACCUCUACUGGUGUGGAUUAUGAGCUUGCCGAAGCUCGAACGUGAGGCUGAUGUGGAGAAAGGUCCAUAUGCCAUUAUCAUUGCUCCCACGCGUGAAUUGGCAAAUCAGAUUGAAGAAGAAACGAGCAAGUUUGCCAAGCCGAUCGGUAUUCGCACUGUCAGCAUUAUUGGUGGUAUGUCACGUGAGGAUCAAGGCUUCAAAUUGAGACUGGGUUGUGAGAUUGUCAUCGCAACACCCGGUCGUUUGAUUGACGUACUUGAGAACCACUACCUGGCAUUAUCUCAGUGCACAUAUGCAGUACUCGAUGAGGCUGACAGAAUGAUUGACAUGGGUUUCGAACCUGAGGUCAAGAAGAUUUUGGAAUAUCUGCCUGUCAGCAAUGAGAAACCCGAUACAGAUGAUAUAGAGGAUGUGAAUGCAUUACUGAGUAAUUUCAACACCAAACAGCGGUACAGACAAACUGUCAUGUUUUCAGCUACCAUGCCACCGCCUGUUGAAAAACUGGCACGUUCCUACUUGAGACGGCCGAGUGUCGUGUACAUUGGAUCAGCAGGCAAGCCGACAGAACGUGUUGAACAGAAAGUACACAUGGUCUCAGAGCAACAGAAGAGAAAGAAGAUGGUUGAGCUGCUUCAAAGUGGUGUGGAGCCACCUAUUAUCAUCUUCGUCAAUCAAAAGAAGGGAGCAGAUGUCUUGUGUCGCUCGCUGGAGAAAAUGGGCCUCAAGGCGACAACACUUCAUGGUGGAAAAAGCCAAGACCAGCGUGAGUUUUCACUUGCUCAGAUCAAGAAUGGUGAGAAGGAUAUCCUUGUUGCUACUGAUGUUGCUGGACGUGGUAUUGAUAUCAGAGAUGUGUCAUGUGUCAUCAACUAUGAUAUGGCCAAGUCAAUUGAAGACUACACGCAUCGUAUCGGUCGUACCGGACGUGCUGGAAAGUCUGGUCUGGCUGUGUCGUUCCUGACUAAUGAAGAUUCUCAUCUGUUCUAUGGUCUACGACAGCUGCUGAAAGGUAGUCCUGUUAGUGUGUGUCCGCCUGAACUUGACAGACAUCCUGAAGCCCAGAACCCACCAGGAAAUGUAGUCCAUGGUGGUAAGAAGCGUAAGGAUGAAGUUCUCUAUCUGCAAUAGAUGCAUCACUGCUCCAUUUUGCACGUUGGAGCAUGCGUUUGUGUGCAUGUGAGUACGUAUGUGCAUGUGUGUUGAUGCGGUGCCAGCUGUAACGUCCUGCUAACAGUUAUUGUGUCUGUUGUUGUCCAAUCAAAGUCCUCUUGGUUGGUUUCUACCAGCUCCUUGUGUCAUCUCAUUGCUUUAAUCAUUGGCUCGUUUCUCUGCCUGGCCGAAUGAGCACCUUCUCUUCCAUGCGCGAUGCAGGGUGCGUUCUUUUUCUGUUCACUUUUUAUUUACAGUGCAGUUGCCAUUUUCUACUGUGAAUCUGCAUAAUACGCAG